CAACUUUUUUUCAUUUACUGAGAUUCCUUAAGUCAACUAUACUGAGAAGUUUUAGUAUUUAUAGAAGGGCCUGGCUCCUAUUCAUGACACAAUGUAGUAGUGCACCAAGCUCUGACUAAGCUUCUUUAGUGUUAAGAUUAUGGUUAUGGAUUCUGAAGAUGUUGUAUCAGCUCCAUCGACGCCUGUGACACCGGGGACUCCCGGUGCUCCUCUCUUUGGGGGGUUCAAACCAGCGAGAUAUAACAGUGGGAAAAGAUCCUUGUUGAAAAGCUGCACGUGUUUGAGUGUCGAACCAUGGAACUUAGAGGAGGGCGCAUUGCCUCCUGUCUCGUGUUCGUUGCCUAUUCCUCCCAUCUCCCUUGCAAGAAAGGUGGGAGCUGAGUUCAUAGGCACCUUUAUACUGAUCUUUGCUGGGACCGCGACAGCCAUAGUGAACCAAAAGACACAAGGCUCUGAAACACUGCUAGGCCUUGCUGCCUCUACUGGACUUGCGGUUAUGAUUGUCAUUUUGGCAACAGGCCAUAUCUCAGGAGCCCAUCUUAAUCCAGCAGUCACCAUUGCCUUUGCUGCUCUCAAGCACUUCCCUUGGAAGCAGGUACCAGUGUACAUUGGAACACAAGUGCUUGCAUCCCUGUGCGCUGCCUUUGCACUUCAAGUGAUAUUUCAUCCCAUAAAUGGCGGAGGAGUAACUGUUCCAUCAGUGGGAUAUAGCCAAGGUUUCGCUUUAGAAUUUAUCAUCAGUUUCAACCUCAUGUUUGUUGUCACUGCAGUAGCCACCGACACCAGAGCUAUUGGUGAGCUAGCUGGAAUUGCUGUGGGAGCUACUGUCAUGCUCAAUAUACUAAUAGCAGGAGGAGCAACAGGAGCAUCAAUGAAUCCGGUGAGAACUUUGGGGCCAGCAAUAGCUGCAAACAACUACAAAGGCAUAUGGAUCUACUUUACGGCUCCCUUCCUUGGUGCACUAGCAGGAGCAGGUACUUACUCUCUGGUAAAGCUACCCGAGGAAGACCUGAAAAACACACCACCGACAGAACACAGCUUCAGAAGGUGACCUGAAUCCCAAUUUCCACCCACAUCAAUAAACUCAGAAUGUAUCAUGGAUGUUGAAGGCGCGAACCAAUGUGAAGUAAAGUUAACACCUGGAGGGCUUCUUCCUAUCUAAACACAAAUGGAUGUUGUUCUAGAAAUAUGACUUGAGAUUUUAAAUCAAAUCAGAAAUUAUCAACUCAGUAAUGCAACCAUGCCUCGUGUUCUGACUAUAUAGCAACAGAACUUAGAGCCAUUAUGAAUUACUCACUUUGUUUACAUGUAUUUUCAGUUAUAAUACACAACUAAGAUCAGUUCUCUAUG